AUGGGAACAGUAACCAUCAGGAAUUAUAACAGCUACUAUCUAAGAUAGUUUGUAAAGAGCCGAGCCGAAAAGUGCCAAAAUAAAUCACCAGUGGCAGAAAAUGGUAAGUACCCUUCCCAAUUUACAGUGAUUGAUAAUGUUUCAGAGAAUUGUGAAGAGAGUGAAAAGUCACAAAUUUCUGAAGAAGACAUUAUUGAUUCACAACCGAACAGCCUUACGCAGACAUCCUCCGUUAAUAGUUAUAACGAUGUUAACGAAGUAACUGAAGGAAUCGAGACAAUGAUAGUUGAUAAUGACAAUAGUAAUCGAAAUAUUAACAUUAAUAUUGAGAAUUCGAACGAUAGCUUGCCUUCGUCAGAACGUGAACCACAUUGUUCAUACAAAGAAAAGCCUUAUAGUGUUAUUAGAGGUAGUAUAAAUCAAGCUAAUCCUAAAUUUGGAAUGUCUGCUGGUAACCAAUGUACUGCGAUGGCUGCUUCUGCCAUAGCAUCGGCAACUUUUAUUCCAAUUGAAACUUGGAAGUCCGGAAUUAUUGAUAUCGUACUUGACGUUGGAAAUUGUCUUUAUGAGACUAGCAUGUCUUUACGGGAUAAUCCUCCUGUUGAUGGAGGACCUAUCGAUCAAUAUUAUUUGGAAGUUCAUGAGCUUUGUAAUGAAGUAUAUAUUUUCCCAAAUUUCAGUUGUACCUUUACAUUUAAGGAAAUUUUUUAUGGAAAAUGUUUUAACACUCGUGAUGCAGAGCUUAUGUCAUUAGAGCAACGACUUGAGAUGUUUCAAGGAAAUAAUAUAAACGCAAUACUGACAAUGAAUAACGUUUCAGUUGCAAUUAUUUCUUGUGAUGGUUUAUACUAUUUAUUCGAUUCACACAGCCGAAAUGAAUCAGGCAUUAUUGAUGCAGAUGGUACAUCUUGUGUUUGUUGUUUUGAUAAUUUAGAACAAUUAUUGAUCAUGAUUGUUACAAAUAUGUUCAUUUGUGAGGAAAAUACAGAUGCACAAAGAAAUGUCUACCUUCUAGCUACAAUUGAAAUAAAUAGUUGUAAAGCUAAUGAUCAAAUUUACAAUGUCGAAGGACUAAGUAGAGAUAGACUAUGCGAAAUUUUAAAAUCGUAUUUAACAAAUUUAGAGGAAAAUGUAGCAGAAAAUUCAUCGGAUGUUACGUCAUUAAGUAAUCAACCUAUGAAUCCUACUGUAAAUUCUUCAUCGGACAGUGUUCCAAAUGAUCCUACGGUAAAUAAUUCAUCAAACAGUGGAAAAAAUGAUGCAAAUAUCAAAAAAUCAUCAAUUAAUUUAAAUAGUAAUAAACCAUCAUCAAAAACCAAAAAAAAGAAGAAAAGACAAAAGCGUCCACGCAGCUCUUUUGUAAGUGAUGCUCACAAAAAAUUGAUAGUUGAUGUGGAAUACUUAACAGAACAACUUAAUCAAUCAUUUUAUGAACAUCGCCUUGCUUCAUUUCAUGAGGAAUGUCGACAGUUGAACUGCUGCCUUAAUUACAUUGGGCCAAUAAUGAAUGGUUUACAAUGUUCAAUUUUAUACGAGUGCUCUGCGUGUGAAUUUGAAUUUAUAGUUCUUAGUGAACGACAAUCAAAUGAUAUUGCACGUACUAAUGAUAGCAUCGUAUUAGGUUGUAUAAGUAGUGGCAUUGGAUUUUAUCAGCUGCAAGGGUUAUUAACAGCUGCAGAUCUACCAUGUCAUAACUAUCAAUCAUACACUGUAGCUGAGACUGUUGUAGGUUGUUAUGUAACAAAAACAGCAGUUCAAUCAAUGACUGAAGCUGCUGAAGAAUCUAAGCGGAGAGCUUGCGAUGAAGGACGUGUUACUAAAGAUGGCAUACCGUGUACGACAGUUAUAACUGACGGCACCUAUCUCAAAAGAAGUUAUGCUUCAGGAUUAUAUAAUUCAUCAUCUGGAGCUGCUCUUGUCCUGGAUCAAUACAUUAACAAAGUAUUAGAUGUUGGAGUAGCUAAUAAAAGAUGUUCACAGUGUAAAUCCGGAAAAAAACCGUAUCAUCUUUGUUGGCAGAAUUACGGACCUCAUCUAGCAUCAACACGAAUGGAAUCAGAUAUGAUUUUAGAACUAUUCCAAGCUAGUGUUGAAAAGUAUAAUUUGAUAUACAAAAAUAUUGUGACCGAUGGUGAUAGUAGUGUACAUCAAAAACUGUGCGAUCACAAUGUAUAUAAAACACAUGGUGUUGAAGUGGAAAGAAUAAAUUGUAUGAAUCACAUGCUUCGUAGAUUAUCAACAAACUUGGGAAAAGUUGAAAAAUCAAGCCAGCUAAAAAACGAAAAAAAUCUUCAAAAGGCCACUAAGGAAGCUGGUAUACGAAGUUCAAAAGCAAUUCGAGAAGCUGCUCGUUACAUAAUGUCCACUAACAAUGCCUUUAAAACAAAAGUUAAGAUGAUCGCAGAAGAUUUAGAAAAUAUGCCAUUCCAUGCAUUUGGACGACAUGAAAAUUGUAAACCUUAUUAUUGUGAUAAAAAAUCGGCAACUAAUCACGUACCUGACUUAAUUAAAUUGAAUGUCUGGAAUACAAUACUCGGAUACUUUGCUCGAUGUCAAUCAGUUCCAGGAGAUGUACUAUUAAAUUCGAGUAAUAAUCCAGCUGAAUGUGCCAAUAACAUUAUAGCUACAAAAGUCGGUGGUAAGCGAAUAGAUUUUUGCAAAUUAGGUGGGUACUCAAUUCGCGUGGCAUUUGCUGUGAUUCAAUAUAAUAGUAAAGCAGCUAUGUGCGACACUUUGGCUACUUGGCAAAAAAGUAUUCCUGAACGAUUGGUAACUUUAGAAAAUAAAAGAAAAGAAAAAGUAGAAUAUAACAAUCGUCGCUAUACCGAAAAAGGUUCUCAAGGUCGUUAUUGCAAAAAAGGUAAUGGUACACAAGAUUGCUACUAUGGACCACAGGCGGGUAUAGCAAUUACUCCAAAUGAAUAUCAAAACUUACUUGCUAGGCACCGAGAAAAAUUACAGCAGCUUCAAAAUGAUCGUGUCAAGUUAGAACGUGAGACAAUUGAUCAAGCUGAGUGCGAAAAAUGGCAUACUAUUCGUCGUCUUCUUUUAACUGCAUCGAACUUUAAGAACGCAUGUAAAUGUAGAACAGACAAAACAAAAAAAGACAAUGUAAAGAAAAUUUUGUAUCCAUCAAGAAAUAGCCAUAAUCCUGCAAUGGUUUACGGUAAAAAUAAUGAACCAAAUGCACUCGAUAGACUCGAAGAACAUGAAGAUAUUCAAAUUGAACCUUGUGGGUUAUUUAUUGAUGACAAAAUUCUUGGAUUUGGAGCAUCACCAGAUGGCUUAGUUGGUGAUGAUGGCAUCGUUGAAAUUAAAUGUCCUUACACUUUAAAAGAUGCAGAUCCCACAGAAGCUGUCAGAAAAGGUACGAAAUGGGGUAAUGAGCACUUUAAAGAUAAAGAUCCUACAUCUUUAAGAACAAGCAGUUCUUAUUAUCAUCAAAUUCAAGGACAAUUACACAUCGCAAAACGAAAAUGGUGUAUUUUAUCUAUAUGGACACCUAAAGCUUCACUAAAUCUGAAAAUCUAUUAUGAUAUAACAUUUUGGACCAAAGAAAUGUUUCCUCGUCUAAAUGAUUUUUAUUGGAAAUUCUUAGUACCCGAAUUAUUGAAUCCAACUUUACUGUAUGGUUCAACUGAUGAAGAAGAAAAAGAUCAAUCAGAAAAGCUCCAUACGGUUGACCCUGAAGUUGAUGAAGAACGAGAUGAACUCUUACAGGAGUUUUAUUAUGGACAAAAACAAGUGAAGCAAUGGUUUUCAUUAACUCCGAUUGUUCGAAUCCGAAACACUUCAAAAGUAAAUAAUUCUGACAAUAAUAAAAAUCAAAAUAAUGCAGAUCCUUCCAGCGUAAAUGAUGAUAAUAAUAUCGAUGAUGAUAUUGACUCCUUCUCGGAAGAUUCAGAAAAUGAUUAUUUUGAUGAUGACUCAAUAAAUGAUUCAUUGGAAGAAAAUGACUAUUAG